GUUUAUGGUUCCGCAUGUGGAAUAAACUGCAUAUUAACGAUGAGUGGGAUCGAGGCAUGGUACAUGGAUGAGUCCAGUGAGGACCAGAAACUCCCUCACAGACUGAACCCAAACCAGCCCGUGACUCUCCAACAGCUCGAGCAGAUCGGUGUUUAUUACUGGAAGUUAAAUGCCGAUAUUUAUGAAAAUGACCCUGAGCUGCAGAAGAUCCGUGAAGAAAAGGGUUAUUCCUAUAUGGAUAUCAUAACUGUUCACCCGGAUAAACUUCCUGAUUAUGAGAACAAAGUGAAAAUGUUUUAUGAAGAACAUCUUCAUCUUGACGACGAGAUCCGUUAUAUACUGGACGGGUCAUCUUACUUUGAUGUGAGGGACAAAGAUGACCGCUGGAUCCGAAUAGCUGUAUUUAAAGGGGAUCUAAUCACACUACCAGCAGGAAUUUACCACAGAUUCACCGUUGAUGAAACCAACUACACUAAAGCCAUGCGUUUGUUUGUCGGUGAGCCGGUCUGGAAGGCUUAUAACCGUCCAGCUGAUGACUUUGACGUCCGCAAGGCCUACGUCAACUCCCUGAAGUGCUCCUAAGAUGCAUUAUGGGAUUGGUUUAGUGUUGCUGAAGCACUGAAUCACAGGAUUGCUGAUGUGCUCUUCAUCAGUGAUGAUCAGGAGAAUCAAACUCUCUAGUGCCUUUAACGAAUAGGGGUUACAAUCAUGAGCACUACUACUAUUACUCUGUUACUACUACUAUUACUCUAAUAAAUCAUUACUAAUGGUAAACACAUGAGUAUUUUGAUGAAUAUGAAAUACAAAGAAUUUUAAAGUAGUGGAAAGUGGUAGCUGAAUGCGCACAAGUUUUGUAGAUGUGGGGAACAACUACAAACUGUUCUGUUUUCAUGAUCAACACUAAUUUGCAUUAUAUAGUUGUACUAAUUGUACAGAAGUAAUACUGUGAUGAAAAAAUACUGAACUGAACAAACUCAUGUUACUGUUAGAAAAAAUAAGUAAACUGUCCGUUUCUGAGUCUGUGUGAUUACACUUACAUUUUAACACAUAAGGGUUUGUUUUACUAUUCAUACUGUAACACUAAUUAAGCAUGUCUUUAUAUAGAAAUCUUUCAUUUUUAUUCUAGCAUUCACAAUUCCAGAGUUGUCAGCAAAAAAUGUAAAUUAGAUUAUUAUAAUUAUGUUUCUUACCAAAUAUAGCACACAGCCUCAUACAUUAUAACAAUCAGUCAUUCACAAUGCAUGCUAUUAGCUGCAAACGUUGGUUGGCUCCUGGCAGCUAUUUUUAUUGUCUUUGUACGAUUGAGUUUUCUUGGCUUGGUUAGCACUUGCCCUGAAGAAGAAAUACAUUUAAUUCAAUUUGCCUUGAUCAAAUUCUUGGGGUGUUAUGACAGGUUUUUAGAUGCAGCGCCCCCUAAUUUGGAUGCAAAUUGGUGUGUGUCAUCAAAAUGAUUUAUUGUUUGUGCGUAUCAAGUUUCGUCAAGUUUGGACAUUGCAUUGAACCGAUACAGACUGUUGAAUUGGAUUAUAUCAUCACAAUAAACUUUGAUAAAUCUUAA